CAGUUGCAUGUUCUCAGGACGUCCUCGAAGGUCAUGGCAGGCUGACCAAUAUGACUGAUUUCCCAGUGCACGGUUCUAUAAAAGUCUUAAUAUUUCCAUCCAGUCACAAUUCAGUCCAGUCAGUUAUGGUCUUUAUAAGCAUGCAGUUGGCAGAUUUUAUGCAGUACUCGGACGUUGGCUGCCAAGUGGCUCUGAUACGAAGAUACGGAUGGAGUGGCAGACAAUCACCGGGUGCGAAGCAGACGCUUAUGAAAAAGGUUAUCUUCGUACUGGGUGCCCUGAAUAUGAGCUGUUACUUUUUUUCAUUCAUCACCUACGGCUACCACAUCGAACGGAAGACAAAGGAGCCGAUUAUUUACGUUGCAGAGCUUUCUGAAGUGGGUGGCAUGCUUUGGUUCACCGUUCUUGGUAUCUGCAAUAUGUACACGCUGCUGCUCUAUAGACCCCAGAUUGAAGAACUCCUGGAAGGACUGGAGCAACUGUUUGCACCCGCUAGGCAGAGCCCGUACUGUACUCGCUACUUCUACGACGAGUCAGCUCUUAAAAUGAAGAGGUUAGGCAUCAACUUUGUCUGUUCAGCAACCUACUACAACUUGCUGCCCCUUGUGAAGCUCCUAAGCGAGCUACUGACAGAGUCACAGCAAGUGAGUUACCAGGUACAGAGCAAGGCGUGGUAUCCCUGGCAGGUCCAUGGCUCAACUCUGGGCUUCUGGAUCGCCUAUGCUAGUCAGGCUUUCGCGUCUGUAAUGAACCUGGGCAUGAUGAUGGCCACUGAGUGUUUGGUUUUCGUCUGCACCGCCCAGCUGGAGCUACACUUUGAUGGCCUGGCCAGGCGGCUGGAAGCCCUUGACGCUCGUGAUCCCAGAGCGAAGGAACAGCUCCAAGCGCUGAUCUCCUACCACACUCGGCUAUUCAAAGUUGCGGACCGUGCCAAUGGCAUCUUUAACUUCACUUUCCUGAUCAGCUACUGUGUGUCGUCGAUUGCCGUGUGCAGUAUGGGCUUUUCCAUGAUCAUGUUCGACUUGGGUCUAGCUCUCAAAUACAUGGUGGGAAUGUUUUUAUUCAUGAUCUACACCUUUUGCAUAUGCCACAAUGGCACUCAGGUCACAAUGGCGAGUGACAAAGUGAUGCCGGCUGCUUUCUACAACAACUGGUAUGAGGGCGACCUCGUCUACAGGAAGAUGUUGCUCAUCCUAAUGAUGCGUUCUACUAAGUCCUAUGUCUGGAAAACAUACAACCUGGCACCUGUGUCCAUUCAAACCUAUAUGGCUACGCUGAAAUUUUCAUAUCAGAUGUUUACCUGCGUGCGUUCUCUGAAAUAG